AACUUUCCUCUAGUUAAAAUUCAACUAGGACACCUCAGGAAAGACCAGAAGACCAAGUAUUCAGAGAAUUCAUUUCAGCAAAUCAUCCUUCAGCAAAUCAAGCUUCAAAAUCAAACCAAGUGAGAGAAAGGGACUAAAGAGGUGAGCAGCCCACUUUCAGUAGGCUUCUUCCCACGCUGUCUGAAUGCCUCAGCAAAGAGGAGGAGCUCUCUCCAGGAGAGCUGCCGGCGUCUGGAUUUUGGUCAUGGCCCUCACAUCAGCCCUGGCUGAUUUGAACAAUAAAGGAAACUCUGAACCCUGUGAACCUCAAGGUCCCCCAGGCCCUCCAGGCAUCCCAGGCUUUCCAGGCCCUGUAGGACCACCUGGUCUAAGAGGACUUCCGGGUUUACCAGGAAUGCAUGGAUUACAAGGUCCUCCUGGAGACGUUGAGAAGUGUCCAUCGCCACCAAAAUCUGCCUUUGCUGUGAAGCUGAGUGAGCGUCCCCCAGAGCUCUUCCAGCCCAUUGUAUUCAAAGAGUCUCUGUACAAUCAGGAAGGCCACUAUAACAUGACCACAGGACAGUUCAGCUGCACCAACCCUGGUGUGUACAAUUUUGGCUUUGACAUCGGACUGUUUCAGAGUUCUGUGAAGAUAAGUCUCAUGAGGAAUGGUAUCCAGAUCAGAGAGAAACAAGCCCAAGCCAGUGAUGGGUACAGAUAUGCAACGGGGACUGUCAUUGUGGCCCUGGAGAAGGGGGACAAAGUCUGGCUGGAAUCCAAGCUGAGUGGAACAGAAUCUGAAAAAGGAAUCACUCAGAUGGUGUUCUUUGGGUAUUUGCUUUAUAGAAAUUAAGUUGGCUUGAGCUCCUCCAUCCCUCUCAUCACCCCAUUUCACACACUGCUCAUCAUGGAAUGAGGGAGAGUCUAUAAAAACUCAAAAGUUCUCAGUUGAAAAAAUAAAAUUUAACACGCAUCCAAGAAAUGUGGAAAUGAUAAAUAUAGUUUGCAAAUAGCAUGAUCCCCACCACUGUAGCAGACCCUGAUGAGGUGGGGGGGUCUUUCAAGAAGUCAGAGAAAAGGAUGUAGGAGCCCAGUGAAUGGAUUACGGGGAAGAAGUUCCCACUGAAUCUUCCAGAAACAAGAGCCUUGCUCUGUCCCAGCUCCUGGCUCGCCCCAGGUUUACUAAGGAUUGGCCAGUGAAAUGAGUUUCCUUGCAGACCUGGGAAAGUCCUUUGAACUCUAAUGAAAAUGUGAAUGCUUAACAUCAGUUCCUUCCCUGGGAGGAUAUUUUGAUGGAUGGAUGGGAAGAGGACUGCGAGUAUGGUUAGAGGAGGGUGUGUGCCAUUGCUUACUGUCAAGGACUGGAUUGUGCACCCCCCCUCCAAAUCCCUGUGCAGAAGCCCCAGCCCCUAAGGCUAACUCUAUCUGGAUGUAAGGUCUCGGGAAGAUUAAGGUUAAAUGAGGUCAUAAGAACGAGGCCCUGUGUUAGUCAGCUUUUCAUUAUCGUGAUCUAAACACCCAACAAGAACAACUCGGAGGGGCUGGGGAUGUGGCUCAAGCGGUAGCGCGCUCGCCUGGCAUGCGUGCGGCCCGGGUUCGAUCCUCAGCACCACAUACAAACAAAGAUAUUGUGUCUGCCGAGAACUAAAAAAUAAAAAAUAAAAUCCUCUCUCUCUCUCUUAAAAAAAAAGAAAAGAACAACUCGGAGGAGGGAUGAUUUAUCUUGGCUUGUGGUUUCAGAGGAUUUAGUCCGUGGUUACUGACUCUGAGGCAGACACAUCAUGGAAGAACAUAGAGCAGAGAAAACGGUCAGCUCAUGGCAGCUGGGAAACAGAGAGAGAAAGAAAGGGACUGGGAAGAUGAUAAACCCUGCAAGGGGACCCCUAGCCCCACCACCCCAGUGAUCUACUUCCUCAACUAGACCCCACCUCCCCGUAGUCCAUUCAGCUGUCCGUGUUGGCCGAUGACAUCAGAGUUCUCACCACCCCGUCAUUGUCUAAAGGCCCCAGCUCUGGACCUUGCUGUGUUCAAGGCCAGGCUUCCAGUGCAUGAGCUUUAUGGGGACAUGCCAGAUUCAAAGUGACAGUGGCCUUAUAAAAAGAAGACUUGGGCGGACACAACAAGAAGGAAGCCAUCAUCAAGACAGGAGGAAAGACUUCCCCAAGAACCAAAUUGAUCAGCGCCUGAAUCUUGGGCUUCCCAGCCUCCAAAAUGAUAAUAAAUUUCUGUUGUGUCAACCA